AACAUAUUACGUCUGAGUUUACAAGAAAUAUACAUAAGACGCCAUCCCACUUUUUGGAUUAUGCUUAAAUUGACCAAAUGUAUCUCGAUUUUUCCUCAUUAACACUUCAUGAAUGAUUUUUUUUUCCUUUUCAUGAGACAAAGGAGUUCAUUUUGAAAAUCUUAACCGGAAGUCCGUUUGUUUUCCAUGCUAGCUGACAAGAUGCUACACAGUGCAGCGCCCUCCAGAUAGUAUGUCUUUACAGGAACAUGUCUGUGUAAGGACAGACUUUUCACAAAGGCUCUUUCAGAAAGCAGGCCAGUUUGUAUCGUCGGUCAAAUAUACAGCUGUCCUCCUUCAUGAGCUAAGCUGCGUCACCUGUAACAGAUGCCCUCUGCUCCAUCGUACCGCCAAAUGUAAGCACAAAUGAUGCCUGCCUCUGGGGACAUAAUGGAGAGUGGCAAACCGAGCCGUGUGUGUCGGCCUCAGCGCAUCAGUGAAUCAUCUAAGGUGUUCCGCUGGGUGGAUCAAGCUUUGGAGAUGUUGCAGGGUCUCAAUGAGCAGCGGCACCGCAGCCAGUUCUGUGACGUGGUGCUGGUGGCUGACGACCAGCGGGUCCCUGCUCACCGAGCCCUGCUGGCCAUCUCCAGCCCAUACUUCCACUCUAUGUUCACCUCGGGCAUGAGGGAAGAGCGCCAGGACGAGGUGGAGCUGGUCGGGAUGUCCUACAUUGGUCUGAAGGCUGUAGUGGACUUCUUGUACAGCGGGGAGCUGCCAUUAGAUGGAGGAAACAUUGACUAUGUGCUGGAAGCCGCCCACCUUCUGCAGAUGUGGCGAGUGGUGGAUUUCUGCUGCCAGUACCUAGAGCGGGAGGUGACUGAGGACAACUACCUGUACCUGCAGGAGCUGGCUCUGCUCUACAGUCUGGACAGACUCAACACAUUCAUCGACCGCUUUAUCCUUGCACGCUUCGCUACGCUCUCUUUCACCCCUGAUUUCCUUCGUGACAUUCCUGUACACAAACUCACCUUCUACCUCUCCAGCGGCCAGGUUCAACAGGACAAUGAGCAGGCACUUCUUCAGGCCGCCCUGCAGUGGCUCAGCCAGAGUCCCGAGCGGUCGAUCCACGCCAGCCAACUUCUGUCCCACAUCCGCUUUCCUCUGAUGCCAGUGGGGGACUUAGUGGACCGGGUGCUACCAGCAGUGCGGGCCCUGUUGCCGGAGGAAGCUGGCUGCGAGGCUGUGGUGGAGGAAGCACUGGUGUACCAUGCCAGGCCCAGCGCCCAGCCACUCCUACAAACAGGACACACUACGCUGAGGGAAGGAGUGGAACGACUGCUGCUGAUUGGAGGGGAGGUGUCAGAACGUGGAGAGGAGCUCAGUGCCAAUGUUUGCCGGCUGGACAGUGAAACAGGAAGCUGGGAGGUGGAAACAGAACUGCCAGCUAAGCGGAGCCACCACUCCCUGGCAGUGCUGGGGGGCUUUAUCUUUGCUGCAGGAGGCAGCUCUUCCAGGGACAAUGGUGGAGACGCUGCCUGUAACCUGCUGUACAGAUACGACCCUCGCCACAAUGAGUGGACCAAGGGUGCACCAAUGAACCAGCGGCGAGUGGAUUUUUACUUGGGGGCAGUUGGAGAGUGCCUGAUCGCUGUGGGUGGGAGGAACGACGGCGGAGCUUUGUCCUCUGUGGAGGUUUAUUUUCCUGCUGAGGACUGCUGGUCCUACGUGGCAGGACUGCCCAGGUUUACUUAUGGCCAUGCUGGCACAGUCCACUGUGGCAUAGUCUACAUCUCAGGUGGUCAUGACUAUCAGAUUGGCCCAUACCGCAGAGAUGUCCUGAGUUAUGAUCCAUCACGGGGCAGUGAUGGAUGGAUGGAGCGCCAACCCAUGUCUCUGGCCCGGGGCUGGCACUGCAUGGCCUCCCUCACCAACCUUAUCUACGCAAUUGGCGGCAGCAAUGACCACGAAGACACCACAGAGCGCUUUGACAUCCUGCAGGUGGAGUCCUACGACCCAAACAGUGGCCAGUGGACCCGGGUGGCACCACUGCUGCUGCCUAACAGUGAGGCAGGGCUUGCAGUCUGGGCAGGGAGGAUCUAUGUUCUUGGAGGAUACAGCUGGGAAAGUAUGGCGUUCUCCAGAGCCACACAGUUUUAUAACCCUGACAAGGGGACAUGGUCCAGAGGGCCAGACCUGCCUAAACGCAUCGCAGGGGCCUCAGCAUGUGUGUGCACUGUGAGGCCCUCACCAUCAUCACCAUCUCCUGAGGAAAAGAAGAUGAGACCAAGGAGUGAAAGGAAUGUCUAACCCAAUGUAACAACAGUGCUGAAGGACUUGCUCUUUGUGCAUAAACAAAAGGGAUGCUCACUGAGACAGACAGUGCUUAAGUCAUCCUCCUCUGAUUCAAAAUCUUUAAUAAAAGAGAAAUAUUUUCUUGCAAGCCAAGAGGCACUCCACACUCCAGAAUCACAUAUCACCUUUUUGUUUCCUCAGUACAUUAGAUUCAAAAGUAUACUUUUGCAUUCAGACAUCACUCUGUGUUUUGGACUAUGAGGAACUUUUAAGUGUUUAUGAAACAGUCCCGUCAGUCUGUCACUUACUUCCAACACCAGUGCAAACAUUGCUAGCCCAUGCUAGCAAAGAUCUUUAUGACAGCAGGCACUGAUGUCAUAGUGCUUGUGUCAAAGGGGGGCGCUGAAAGUUCCUCAUAGUCACUUUAAAGUGUGAAUGAGGGCUGGUUGAGGCUCAAAGGCUGAACAGAGGGUUAAUAUUUAGCGUUAACCUGCAAGACAUGAUUAAUGGUUAGAGUGAUACUGUAGUCAGCACUGUGGACAAAUCUACACAUUUACAAAGGAAAGACAACAAGAAGGUCAAAAUAAAAUUGGUAGUGCAGGUAGAUUCUUUUGUAAAAUUCUGAUUGUUUGAAAUCAUUACAUAAGUAAAAGAAAAACCUGCCACAGUGUCUUGAUCCUAAAAUGUAGGCUACGCAUCAUGUGACAACAAAUUUCAAGCCAAGAGCCAAUUAUUAUACAAUCCACACGUCAUAGUGGGCAGAACCACAAAUAUUGCAAAGUUUAACAUUUUCAAGAGUCCUCUUGUGUCCUCACACCAGCUGCAGAUGUAGUCCACUGCUAACUAACUUGCUCUUCACUGCAAUACAGAAGCAGUGCUUCAUCUCCAUGUCCUCUACAUCCUGGCUCCACAACAAAGGGUCCACGACCCCCUAAGAGGUCAUCAGUAUUUCAUGGGGCCCACCAAAUUAUUGUUUGAUAAUACUUUGAGUUCUCCUUUCCCAAAAAUGUUGAUAUGUCCAACGCAUUGUAUCAAAGAUUAAUUAAUUGAAAUAAUUUAAUAAGACAACAUUGAUGGUAGUUGCCCAUACUUGGAAUGAACAAGCUAAUUGGCUGAAACCUGUCUGAAUUCAACCAUCAAUUGUUUGAGAAAUGACUGAUUUUCAACAGGUAAAUCUGCUGCCAUUAGUUUAUACCACAUAUGUGCCAUUCAAGAAUGGAUAACUGGCAAGAAUGGAUAUGGCUAUAAUGGAGUUAACGCAAGGCUGUAACAAAUUGUUGUUACAGAGGUUUGACCAGUGCAAAAACAACAUAAAUUUGUUUGGUAAAGAGUGCAUUUAAGUCAGAUUUUAUUCAUGGAGCAUAUGUUACAACAACUGUAGCUGAUUAACCUACAGUAUGCCUGAGCAUUAGCACUGGACAAACUGAUUCGUGCUGUUCCUCUGUCAGUCACGGGGUCAUUCCUGUCCUUCAGAAUCUUCACUACUGCUCCAAGGUCAGUCUGGCUUUCACUACUAAAAGCAUUAGCAGUGAUAUAGUCCCAACAAGGAUAUUGUAACUAAUACCUCUAAAGAGUAUAAAACUGCAAUGAAUUAGAUACACAAUUAUUCAUGUGUCAUUUUCUAAGUAUAUGGACAUAUAUAAACUAAAUCUGCAGACUGAAGGCUUGACUGUACCCAUAUGUCUCCCACCAAAGCACAUCGCAUGCUUUUAUAAGAUCUAUUUUGAGAAGCCUACCAUGAUGCACAUUAACAGAAAGUGUAUGUAAUUAAAUUAUAAUGUGUUCAGUAUUGUAUAUUUUAAUAAAAUGUUUCCAGAUUA